UCAAAGAUAUAAAUGACUGUUAUCAUCAAUAAAAAGAAAAGGAAUAAAAAUGGUAAAAAAUAUAUGGAAGAAGAGAUUUAUAAAUUGAACAAAAAUAUUAUUAAGUAAUGAUUUUUUAUUAAUAAAGAAUACUGUUUUUGGUGGGUGGGGGGGAUAACUCUUUAGACUAUUUUUGGUAUUCUUAAUAAAGAUUACUCUUUACUAAUAUGGAUGAAUACCCUUUAAAAUAAAACUAUAGUUAGUAAAAUUUUGGAUUAAUGUGUACAAAUUAGAAGGAAAAAAAAUGUUUUGCAAGAUUUAUGGAAAAGCUUGAAAGUUUUUGUUAAAAAAAAUUAAAAAAUAAAAUUUGAUUUUGUAUUUUUUUUUUUUUGGAGAAAAUUUUUUUGAAAAAAUAGAGAAAUUUUUUAUUUAUAAAAAAAAUUAAAGUUUUUAUGAAAUUAAAAUCGUAUUUUUAUUAAUUUAAAUUUUUAAAAAAAAUGUUUAGAAAAAAUCUUUAAAUAUGUAAAGAAUUUAAUUUCUUUUAUUUUUUCUAUAAUUAUUAUUAUGAAAGGAAUUUUCGGAAAUACUUUUUUUAAAUUAAAAAUAAAAUCAUUAAUUUAUAUGAAAAAACAAAAAAAACCGUUUCUUCAAAUGAAAUGAUGAUGAAGAUUUAUAGUUUCUUCCAAUAUUUUUCUGAUAUUUAGAUUAAUUUGCAAAAUCAUUAUCCUAAUAUUUCUUUUUUUACGGUAUAUGGUAUUUAAGUUUUAUCUAUUGUGUAUUUUAAGGGUUUUUAUUAGAAAUAUUGAUGAGUUUUUAUAUUCUAGAGAUAGUGAAUAUAAUUGCA